AUGAGUGUACACACCAGGAAGAAGACAUCUGGGAUAUUUGCAUCAUUAAGCGACGAUUUACUUGGCCUAGUGAUUAACAAGGUCAAGGACAAACGAGACAGAAAAUCGUUUUCCGAGGUCUGCAAGCAAUGGUUCAAAGUGGAAGGUCUAGACCGAUCAAAGCUUAUCUUUUAUGUUAACGAUCCCGGGUUUUCGCUUUCUUCACUAGCUAGAUUCCCAAAAAUAGUCACUUUGACACUAUUGGGUUGCAAGUUCGACAUCGACCUUGAAUUCAUAGCUCAAACAUGUCCCAGAAUCGAGCGCAUCAUGAUUGUAGGUAGGGAUGUUGAGCUAAAAGGGAAUUCUGGAGUUGUUGAGCUUGUACAUUCAGCACGUAAGUUGAAGUCCCUGAUUUUGAUAAACACUAAGUUGAUAUCAGAUGGAGCCCUCAGUGGAAUUGGGUCUACAUCUUCUAUUAGCAUUUUAGAGUUGAUAAAUUGUUGUAACAUUACCGAUGAGGGAUUGGCUUCUUUGGCGAAUGGAUCUAUCUCGAAAACCCUCAAAAAAUUAAUCAUUGCAGGCCCUAUAAGGAGUAAAUUCUGUAAAAUCACUGAUACCGGGAUCAAGAUUUUGUGCAAAAUGUGUUGCCUGGAGUACCUGAAAUUGUCCUUUUGGGGGACAACAAGUCGAAUCACUGAUAUUGGAGGUGUGGGAAUCGCUGCCAUUCAAACCCUCAAGGACUUGACAUUGAAUUUUCUCGACGUGUCAGACCUUACCAUGGUCACGCUUGCUCAAAAUUGCCGCAACUUGGAGAUACUCGAUAUAAGGGGUUGCCAAAAGGUGACUGGAGCUGGCAUUUGUGCAUUUUGCAGUCACAAGUGCUUGAAGAGCCUUAAUUUGGACUAUUUAAUGAUCAAUCUUUCUGAUGUGGAACAGAUAGUGUUUGGAUGCCCGUCAUUGGAUUCUGUUUUGGUGGACUCACGCAGGAGGCGUGAUCCAACUUGGAACGAUGAAUUAAUGCAAAACAAAACUAGAAAAGUUGUUAAAUUUGUUUGA